AUGGUCGUCGAGGAGCAAUCAAAACAUCUGUUGGAAAUCCGACAAAAAUCUGCCGAUAUUUGUGGUGACAGGUGCAAAUAUAGCCAUCAUCGGAGGAGUUCACAAUAUCGUCAGACUACCAACGCCAAUGGCAUCCUUGCUCAUUCUGUGGUGGUUACGUCCUUCGGCAAUGAAUGCAUUUUGACCACCCAAGAGCUCCGUGCUCUCAUGUUGGGCUUGGAGGAAUGUAAAAAUUUUUUCCUGUGUGUUCUUCUUGGCAAUGCGGUAGCUGAGUUACACCAAGGCUUUGAGGAUCACACCCAUGGCAGAGGACUCGUCAUUGCAGAGUGGGUGCCUCAGUUGCAUAUCUUGAACCAUCCUUCCACUAGAGAAUAUCUUUCACAUUGUGGGUGGAAUUCUGUGAUUGAAGGCCUGAGGUUUGGACAACCUUUUGUUGCUCUUCCAAUCCACUAUGAGCAGGGCAUAACUGCAAGACUAAUUGAUGAAGAUUUGAAGUUAGGAGUGGAGGUGAGAAGAAAUGAGGAGGAUGGUUCUUUCACUAAGGAGGACGUAGCUAAAGCUGUAAGAGUUGUGAUGCUGGAGGAAGAAGGAAAGCGGAUCAAAUCCAAUGUUGAGGAAAUUAGUAGGGUGGUGACCAAUAAUGAUUUCCAAGUCCGUCGAACAAACUUCAGCAACUUUGUCUCUGCACUCAAGGACAAAGCCCCCAGCAAACAAACUGUUUGA